AUGGUUGUCCUUCUGGAUGUGUUCUCCCGUCUCCAUAGAGGAUCUCUGGAGCUCUUCUCUCCCUCUCUUCUCUCCUUCUCCUCCUCGUCUCCUUUCCCCCCUCUCAUCCAGGUCUCUCCCUCUCUUCUCUCCUUCUCCUCCUCGUCUCCUUUCCCCCCUCUCAUCCAGGUCUCUCCCUCUCUUCUCUCCUUCUCCUCCUCGUCUCCUUUCCCCCCUCUCAUCCAGGUCUCUCCCUCUCUUCUCUCCUUCUCCUCCUCGUCUCCUUUCCCCCCUCUCAUCCAGGUCUCUCCCUCUCUUCUCUCCUUCUCCUCCUCGUCUCCUUUCCCCCCUCUCAUCCAGGUCUCUCCCUCUCUUCUCUCCUUCUCCUCCUCGUCUCCUUUCCCCCCUCUCAUCCAGGUCUCUCCCUCUCUUCUCUCCUUCUCCUCUUCGCCCCCCCCCUUCAUCCAAGUCUCUCCCUCUCUUCUCUCCUUCUCCUCCUCAUCUCCCUCCCUCUCUCCCCUGUCUGUCCCCUUCUCUCCCCUGUCUGUCCCCCUCUCUCCCCUGUCUGUCCCCCUCUCUCCCCUGUCUGUCCCUUUCUCUCCCCUGUCUGUCCCCCUCUCUCCCCUGUCUGUCCCUUUCUCUCCCCUGUCUGUCCCUUUCUCUCCCCUGUCUGUCCCGCUCUCUCCUGUCCCUCUGUUUCCUGUCCCUCUCUCCCUGUCUGUCCCUCUGUUUCCUGUCCCUCUGUUUCCUGUCCCUCUCUUUCCUCUCUGCCCCUCUCACCCUGUCCGUCUCUCCCUGUCUGUCCCUCUCUCCCUGUCUGUCCCGCUCUCACCCUGUCCCUCUCCCUGUCUGUCCCUCUCUCACCCUGUCUCCCUCUCCCUGUCUGUCCCUCUCUCCCUGUCUGUCCCUCUCUUUCCUCUCUGCCCCUCUCACCCUGUCCCUCUCUCCCUGUCUGUCCCUCCCUGUCUGUCCCUCUCUCGCUCUGUCCCUCUCUCGCUCUGUCCCUCUCUCCCUGUCUGUCCCUCUCUCCCUGUCUGUCCCUCUCUUUCCUGCCCCUCUGUUUCCUGUCCCUCUGUUCCUGUCCCUCUGUUUCCUGACCCUCUCUUUCCUCUCUGCCCCUCUCUUUCCUGUCCCUCUCUUUCCUGUCCCUCUCUUUCCUCUCUGCCCCUCUCACCCUGUCCCUCUCUCCCUGUCUGUCCCUCUCUCCCUGUCUGUCCGUCUCUCCCUGUAUGUCCCUCUCUCCCUGUCUGUCCCUCUCUCCCUGUCUGUCCCUCUCUGUCCCUCUCUCCCUGUCUGUCCCUCUCUCCCUGUCUGUCCCUCUCUUCCUGUCUGCCCCUCUGUUUCCUGUUCCUCUGUUUCCUGUCUCUUUCUUUCCUCUCUGCCCCUCUCACCCUGUCCCUCUCUCCUGUCCCUCUGUUUCCUGUCCCUCUCUUUCCUCUCUGCCCCUCUCACCCUGUCCCUCUCUCCUGUCCCUCUGUUUCCUGCCCCUCUCACCCUGCCCCUCUCAGCCUGCCCCUCUCACCCUGUCCCUCUCUCCUGUCUAGGUCUAACCCCAAUUAGUCGACUGGUAGAUUGUUUGGUUGUUAGGUGGUUGGUCGACCGAGAUUUGUUUUAGUAAAGCAGUAACACAUAUAUAUAUUUGUGCCCAUCUGAGUGAACUUAUUAAUUGCAGAGGCCUAAAAGCCAAUUCAUGCUUGAUCUGAAAAUGUGGUCGGAGGCUCCAUAUGAAGGGUGUGAUGCAAUUGCGGAGCUUCCAGAGGCUCAAAUGAUGUAAAUGCAGAGUGUAGUGGCUUCCUUUCGUCUUUACCAUAGCCACUGCCCAAGCCUGAAGCGGGGUUGUUUGGUACGCAUACAGUCCACACUCAAGGUUUCCAAACGGCCAAACAUUCCAUGACAUCCAGGGAUAUGGUGCAACAAAAAUGUUUAUUCUUCUUAUAUCUAACAAAUAAAUGAUUCUCCAAUCAACUUAAAGCACAAAAUACUUGAUAUGGAAAAUACAUAUUAUGGUAUGUCUGUAUGUCUGUAUGUCUGUAUGGUCAAAAAACUAUACCGCUCCCGCAUCUAGC